UUGCGUUGCGCAAACCGUAGUUAACCAGCACGCCACGGGCCGCGCCCCCGCAGGGGAAUAUUCCCGCAAGAUGACUUUAGGUGACCAUACGCACUCCGCCGUGCCGCCGCAGCCGACUCGCGCAAGCACGCACUCUUGCAGAGUUCCGCAUUCGGGUCGCACUCGCGUACGACAUCCCGUAUGAGCCACCCUUCGCCUGGCGGAUGCAUCCGUAGACGGCUCAUCUACUGCUGGCCGGUGUAAUUUUGCCAGUUGUCUGUUUUGCUGCGAGUGCUCGCCACGCAAUUUUGUUUUCUAUUCCUCAACAUUUAGAACUUUAGUAUGGCUUUCUCAGCAGCCCAGAGGGACUCCAUCGCCGAGAUUGUGGCUGCCAGCGUUGCAGCAGCACUUGGCAACAGCCCGCCGGCUGGACACCACGCGGCUGACUCCGAGACUGGAGCAAACGCUCACCCCGAAGUCGUUGACCAAUAUCUCGCAACUGAAUGCCAGCGGGGCCAUACGGCCGGUCCCUUCACAGCUCCGCCAUUCGCCUGCCUCCGCACAUCAGGAGUCGGCGUGGUCCCGAAAAAAUCAGGCGGGCACCGGUUGAUCAUGCACCUCUCCGCCCCGCAGGGGAACAGCGUGAACACGUUCAUUGACCCUGACCAAUACCGCUUCAAACUGAUUACGAUCGACUGCAUUGCCGAUCAUGUUCGCAGAACAGGCCCCUGCGCACUGAUAACCAAGGUGGACCUGAAGCACGCGUUUCGGCUCUGUCCAGUACACCCCGACGACUGGCCACUGCUUGGCAUGCAAUGGAGAUCGAAGUAUUACUUCGACACAGUCUUGCCGUUCGGUCUGCGGUCCGCCCCUAGCUUGUUUAACCGCCUAGCAGACGCGCUUGAGUGGAUCCUACGCCACAAGUACAGCAUACCCGCACUCGAGCACUACCUCGACGACUUUGUUUCGGUAUCACCACCGGCCACUGUGGUGCCAUCGUCGACAGCCGCAGUCCACAAGGCCACGAUCCUUCAGGUGUUCGACAACCUGGGUGUCCCCACUGCAGUUGGCACCGACAAGGUGGUGGGUCCAUCCACGUGCGUCACCGUGUUGGGCAUCGAGAUUGACUCGGCCACCGGGGAACUCCGCCUUCCCACUGACAAACUCCGCGCGCUGCAACAUCUGCUGCAGUCAUGGUCCACCCGCCACACCGCCUCACGGCGGGAACUCCAAUCUCUAGUGGGCCACCUGUCUUUCGCAGCAAAGGUUGUUCCAGCUGGACGCACCUUUACUAGACGGCUCAUUGAUGCAUGCACUUCCGCUCACAGCUCAUCGCCCAUCGUCCACCUGAGCAGCGAUGCCCUAGCCGAUAUCCGGUGGUGGCAGGAAUUCCUUCCCGUCUGGAACGGCAAAGCCCUUAUGCGCGACCCAGAGUGGUCUAGGUCACUGGACCUUGAGUUGUUCACGGACGCAUCCGGCCUAGGCUUCGGUGGCUUCUUUCAAGGUCGCUGGUUCGCCGGCGCAUGGUCCGCAACGCAACAGACGCCGCCAUACACCUCCAUCAUGUGGAGGGAGAUGUGGCCAAUCUCCCUCGCCUGCCAGCUGUGGGGACCGCUUUGGACGCAGAAGAAGAUCCUGCUCCACUGCGACAACGCUUCCGUGUGCGCUGCCUGGGAGUCGGGCACCUGCCGGCACCCAGGAGUCGUGGCGCUCAUACGCAGCACCCUCCAGACGGCCGCUCGCCACAACUUCUGUCUGCUUAUCCGCCACAUCGCCGGAGUGGACAACGGUAUCGCAGAUGCCCUAUCCCGCGCUCAGUUCCCACGGUUCCGCCUCUUGGCGCCCGGGGCCGACCUCAGUCCGUCGUCACUCGCAAACAUCCACGCCGCAGCGUGAGGAAGUCGCCAUCCAGGGUCCGCCGUUACCGAGAUUGGACGCUCUGCUCCUGAGACCACAGAACUAUGCUUCUGCCCCCGUGUUUUCUUUUGUUUCCUUUACUUUUUCCGCUGUGUAUCCCUGCUCGCACAGCCUACUGCCACGCCCCACCCGUUGCACCUCUGCACUAGUUGUUAAGCCCUCGCCGGGGUGUUACUGCCUAUCAUUUCUGCCUCAACCCUGUGUGCUUACGGAUUGUCAAGUCCUUUAGAAUCGCAUCCCUGUGUGCUUAUGGACCGAGUCAAGUCCUCUAGAUUUGCCGCCCGGUGUGCUUAGGGACUGAAUCAGGUCCCCUAGACGCCUGCACUUUCUUUGGGAGCAGUUCGGUCCCGCCGCUGCCUAGGGAGACCACCGCAAUAGACACAUCUAGAUGGGGAAUCAAAUAGGCAAGCCGCAAGCAAAAUCCGCACGCCUCAUGGCAGUAGGCCUCCGCCGGUCAGAGAGCCCCGUUACACCUAGGAUCAUGACUGCGCUCAUGGGGGUGGGUCGUACGAAGCAGGGUCACUCGCACUGACUGAAUUUCUUUGUCCUUUGUUGUGUUGAUUCCAGGCUCGCUGGCCGUUGCCGCAUGCAACCGCUCACAUGAUGGCUCGCCAGCCCAGAUCGCUCAUCUAUCCGCAGAAAAGCAACCUCCCGCAGGAGGGCCACCGCAGUCGCUUCCUCCGCAACGUACCGCUGGCCCCAGUCAGCACGCAGGGCUAGCCAUCGUGUUUCUCGCUUGCUUCCUAGCCGCUGUCUAGGGCAGGUGGUGAUGGAUGUGCGCAUGUUUGCGUAUAUGCUUGUGUUUAUGUGCGCGCAUGUGGGCAUGUGCGCUGCUAUACGCGGUCACUGGUGGAUGCAUGUGGCGCGCUAUCUCUUCUCCUGUGUCCUCUCUGCCAGGCUCGCCAGCCGCCGCACUUUCCGCACGAGCCGAACAACUCAUAUCCAAUUCAGUGGCCGCAGCCACGCAACGCACAUAUGCCCCGGGCUGGCACGCAUUCCGCAAGUUCAUGCAACAGAUUCACCGCGACCCGCUGUCACCGCGUCACGAUGACAUCCUGCUAUUUGCCGCUUCCAUGUCGCAUUCUGUCAGUGCCGGCACUUUGAAAGUAUACCUGGCCGCAGUCAGAUACAACCUCCUCUGCAGGGGAGGACCUGUCGAAGUCCUUGCAUCCAGCCGGCUCACCGCUCUGGUGAAAGGCCUGGAGAGAGAACGCGCAUCGCUCCCACGGCACGCAACUGCCCAGCCUCGGAGACAGGCUAUCACCGCCGUACAACUCAAGGCACUACAUCUUUUCCUGCAGCGUUCCGCUUAUAGCCCUGGCGACACGCUCAUGCUAUGGGCCGCAUUGACGACAGCAUUCCAUGGUCUGCUGCGAGUUAGCGAGUACACGUCCCCGUCGCCAGCAGGGUCGGGUACCCUGAAAACUCUCAGGCGCGCUCACCUCGUGCUCUCUCAGGCCACAGCCAGCUUACGGCUUCAACGCACGAAGACAUCGCAGCUGACAAGCGGUGGCGAGGUUGUGCUGCAUCGCCAUGCAGACCCGCAAAUAUGCCCCGUCCUGGCCCUCGAGGCAUACGUCAGAUCGUGCGCAUGGGGUAGUGACGAACAACCUCUCUUCAAGUUCGGCAAUAGACGAUGGCUCACGCCCAAUGACAUCAACGUAGUGUUGCGCAGGGUUCUGGGCCCCAGCUACAGUAGCCACUCCCUCCGUGCAGGAGGCGCAACGCACAUGGCGAACCAAGGUGCCCCGGAGUAUGCCUUGAUGGCAGCCGGGCGGUGGUCCAGCGGAGCUUACCGCACGUACGUUCGCAGGCCUGCAGGCAUGCCGCGGCGUUACUGAGCCACGGGUCGCAAGCACCGCACGCCCCCCUUUUCUUGGAGGCACGGGCUCGGCCGAUGGGCACGAAAUCCGCAUGGUGCACAUCCAUCGGCUGCCGCAGACAAUACAAUUAAUAUACUUGUGGGUACUACCGAGUACUUAGUGGUCAUGCAGUUGCCAUAGCAAUGUACUGGUACACCCAGCCUUUAUGAUUGU